AUGCAAAAACGCGCAGAAAUCAAACACGAAGCCCAGCUCAUAAAGCAGCCACGAGGCGGGAGUAAAAUGUCCGCUGCUAAACAACCUCAGCGCGCACAGGGCCGACGACACCGUUCACCCCUGCACAACAACCCGCGAACCACAAUGACAGCUCGAAGCAGUAAACCUUUUGGGAAGGGAGUCAUACAGGGCCAUGACUUGACCCACCGUCCACAUACCCGGAGGGGCUUCGGGGAAGCAGAGCUCCGGAGGGCACACGGUUCCACCAAGAAAGGUAAAGGGACCCUUGGACACUGGGAAGUGACCCCUGUAACAACCCGAGCUGGAGGCUCUGAGCGGCCCCGUCACCACCACACCAGCCACCCUAGCCACUCACGGGGACACAAUCAUAUAUGGAGCCAUGAUCUAGAAGGCAGCAGACAAGAGGAGAUACCCCCAGCAUGGCCCGCAAGUGGGGUCGGUUGA